UCUUUCCUUUUUGGUUCAGUUAUUCUUAUUCAUAACUUUUGUAGUGCACUGUUAUUUUCUACUCGUUAAGUGUAGCCUGUAUAUAGAUUUUAAGAAAUCAUGAUGUAUGCGCUUUUAAUACUGGGAAGUUAGUAUUCUAGGAGAACCCUCUAAUGGGAACAGAAGGAAAAUAUUGAAAAUGAGUCUAUCAGGAAAGGAUGCCUUUUAGUCAAAUGCAGAUUUCAAUUCUAUUAUCUGGGUUUCUUCAGUGUCCUGGAAUUUAUGAGGUUCUUUCGGGAAUUGCAUCAGUCAUGGAGUCUCUGCAAUAAUUCGGGUUGAAAUAAGCUAAAUAGUUAUGAGCAGGUGUAGUGCAUAAAGUUUUGUGAUAUAAUUCUCGGUGACUAACCUGUAGAUAUAGUAUGGGAUAUUCUAAGACGCAUGCAGUUAGCCCAAUUAGUGUUCUUUUGGUGGGAAUAAAAUUAGAAGUGUCUGUAGCCAUUUUUAGAGAAAAAAAGACAGUUGCUUCAUGACUACAACAUGAUACCCAAAACUGCAAUUUCUGUUAAAAACACUAAACCACCUCACUCUCUCAUUAACCCCUUCUCAAUUCUCUUUCCCAAAUUUCAAAGCAAGAACACUAAAAAGACUUAUUUGGGUCCCCAAUUCGAAUAUGAAGUCAGGCACAAGUGUAAAUCAGAAAUGGCACUACAACAUACAUUAGGGUUUCAGAAAUUUCUUUCACCGGUUAAAGAGUACAAAUUCAAAGAUUUUCCUUCAGCUGCUGGUACUAGUUCUCAUUCUGAAGUAACAGGAAGCAAUACUGAGAUUUCUUGCUGUUCUAGUCACUCGUCAAAUUUUUUAAGAGUUCCUUUGCAGCUGCAGGGUGGUAGAUUCAGAAAUAGUGGAGUGAGAGCUUCUCGAACAGCAGAAACUUUCAAGUCCGGUGAUGGAAAGAAAAAGAAAUGGGAAGAAUCUAGUGAUAGUGAUGAGGAUGAUGACAGUUUCUCAACAAAAAAAGGUGAGGUGAAUGACCCAUAUCAAAUGGAUGCUGCAGAGAGACGUGAAUGGAGAAGGAACAUUAGAGAAGUGAUUGAUAAGCAUCCUGAUAUUGAAGAAGAGCUUAAUGCUGAAGAUAAGAAGAUCAGGAUGCAAAAGCUACUGGCUGAUUACCCUCUUGUAGUGGAGGAAGAUGAUCCUGAUUGGCCUGAAGAUUCUGAUGGUUGGGGAUUCAACUUAGGUCAAUUCUUCAACAAGAUUACUAUCAAGAAUAAGAAGAAGGAUGACGAUGAUGAGAAUUAUGAUAGUGAAAAUGAAAUAGUAUGGCAAGAUGAUAAUUACAUUCGUCCAAUAAAAGACAUCACCACUGCAGAUUGGGAGGAAACGGUCUUCAAAGACAUCAAUCCUUUGAUAAUCCUAGUGCAUAAUCGCUAUAAAAGACCAAAGGAAAAUGAAAAGGCUCGGGAUGAACUUGAGAAGGCUGUAAAUAUCAUAUGGAACUGCAGACUACCUUCACCAAGAUGUGUUGCAGUUGAUGCUGUUGUUGAGACUGAUUUGGUCUCUGCUCUAAAAGUUUCCAUCUUUCCAGAAAUUAUUUUCACUAAAGCCGGGAAGAUCUUGUACCGUGAAAGAGGUUUAAAUGUUGAAUAUGAUGAGAUCUGUGGCCGAAUAAUUGGAAGAAAUCCCCAGCCUCCAAUUGGUGAAGUUUUUGCGGUGGUAAGGAGAGAAGAGAGUCAGAGACCUGUGAUGUUGGGAAAGAGGACUGCAGGUUCAACCGCGUCCAUGGAAGGAUCAGCGCUGGCUAUUCCUAAAGCUCAAGUAAGCAGUAGAACUUCUCACAACCAGCGUGCAGAAGACAAAAACAACCUGCAAUGUGACUAUUGUGGAAAGCCACGCCAUACUUGCGAAAAAUGCUGGAAGUUGCAUGGUAAACCACCUAAUGGUAAGGAAAAAAAAUCUGGUGAACAUAGCACACCUAUAGCAAAUGAGGCUGAGUCAUCUCCAUUUAGUAAAGAGCAAUUAAGUCAUCUUCUUAAACUGCUGAAAUCAUGCUUAUCAUCUAAUGCUCCUAUCGGUUCUAUGGCACAAACAGGACUGGAACUCAGGGAAGAUUAUUGGAACUGCCAGAGAAAUAAAUGGGCUGUACUACUAUGAUGGAACUGGUUCUGGGAAUAAAACAGCUCAUGGAUUAGGUAGUAUAAGUUCAAACUUUGUCUAUGAUCAAGUUAUGUUAUGGCAUAAAAGAUUAAGGCAUCCUAGCUUUCCAUAUCUCAAAUCUUUAUUUCCUAAAUUAUUUAAAGGUAUUGGUUAUUCAAAACUUCAUUGUGAAGCUUGUAAUUUAGCUAAAAGUCAUUGUGUUUCGUUUCCAAUAAAACUAUAUUCUGCUUCAAAA